UUUUUUAACAAGAUUAAAUAAGCGACUUUAACUUAACGGUUUCCAACCAGUUUACCGAAUACAGUUAUUUCCUAUUGAUUUUUGGGGGCCUUGACCUAGCGAAUGAAGGUCAGCGCGAGCGCGAAGGUGGAAGCCUCUCGCGACGUCGGCUUUCAGUCUCUCUUCAAACACGUUUCAGUUACGAAGAGUUUGACCAUGACCAAAACCACUUUUUCUGUUUAAACAAUUUUUUUUAACAAAUUAAAAGUAAAAACCAAAGAAAUGUUUCAAAUCAAUUUAAAAACUUUUUUAAUUUUCCUCUUUUGUUCUUCGUCGAGUUUAAUUCCGGAAGUAUUCGGGUAUCCACAAAGCUUUACGAAUGACAGCGUUGAAGAGCGAAUUUACCAACACAACUUAGAUAAUGAAAAUUAUCAGGUUGAAUUUAAAUAUCAUAAUUAUGAAGCUAUGACAAAGUUUUUAAGGAUGACCAGUGCUAAAUUUCCUUCGUUAACCGCAUUAUAUUCUAUUGGAAAAUCUGUUCAAGAUAGAGAAUUAUGGGUUAUGGUUGUUUCUUCAUCACCUUAUGAGCACAUGAUUGGAAAACCGGACGUUAAAUAUGUCUCAAAUAUGCAUGGAAACGAAGCUGUUAGCAGAGAAUUAAUGCUACAUUUAAUACAUUAUUUAGUAAUUAACUACAACACAGAUGAAUAUAUUCGUUGGUUAUUGGAUAACACAAGGAUUCACAUCAUGCCAUCCAUGAACCCUGAUGGAUUUGAAGUCUCGAAAGAAGGUCAAUGCGAAGGUGGACAAGGGAGAUAUAACGCAAGAGGCUUCGAUUUGAAUCGAAACUUCCCCGAUUAUUUCAAACAAAAUGACCGAAGAACUCAACCUGAAACUGUAGCUGUUAAAGAAUGGUUAUCAAAGAUCCAAUUUGUACUCUCAGGCAAUUUACACGGCGGUGCUUUAGUUGCGAGUUAUCCUUUUGAUAAUACCCCAAAUUCUCGAAUUUGUAGAUCUUCUGCAUUAUGUUCGCUGUACUUAACUUACGCUUCUUAUCCAUCUUUAACCCCGGAUGAUGAUAUAUUCACGCAUCUUGCUUUAACAUAUUCGGAAAAUCAUGGGAAAAUGAGUAAGGGGGUCUCAUGCAAAUCAACGACUCAAGGGUUUAAAAAAGGGAUAACAAACGGAGCCGCUUGGUACCCUUUAACAGGUGGAAUGCAAGAUUAUAAUUACAUUUGGUAUGGAUGUAUGGAAGUAACCUUAGAAAUAUCGUGUUGCAAAUAUCCUUAUGCUAAAGAAUUACCGAAGUAUUGGGAAGAUAACCGAGUCUCCCUAAUUAAAUUCUUAGCUGAAGUACACCGUGGGAUUCAAGGAUUCGUGACAGAUAUGAACGGAAAUGCGAUUGAGAAGGCUUCAUUGAAGAUAAAAGGGAGAGAUGUUGGGUUUCGCACCACAAAAUACGGGGAGUUUUGGAGAAUUCUUUUACCUGGUGUUUACGUAUUAGAGGUUUAUGCUGAUGGUUAUGUCCCGAAGGAUGUUGAAUUUAUGGUCGUUGCGGAUCACCCAACCCAAAUUAAUGUUACUUUGCAUCAAGCUAAAUACGGAACAACAUAUCGCCGUCCCGUUACUUCACCUUCCCUUAGCAUGAUUUCUCCUAUUGUUACCGCUCAACCCCAAAAAUCUUUUAAAAUUGCUAAAUAACUAAUUAAUUAAUUCAUUAAUAAAAAUAGUAAUCAGAGAAGUGAUGUGUUUUAUCGGCCAACACAACCAACUUUAUUUCACCGGCAACCUCAACACCAUCAAGAACAAUCACCGGGGUUUUU